AUGAUCCUCGUUACAGUAUUCUUAACAGUGGUUGUAUCAAUUUUCACAAUCCUUGUCUCGGCUUGUCAAACCGGUUAUGGUACCUUCGUACCGCCUAAUAUCCCUGGUUCGCGUGAUGUUUUCUCGUUUGCCAAAGUGGUUAACUUAGCCGGAGCCUCCGGUCCGGAGAGUAUAGCUUUCGAUCCAGCAGGGGAAGGUCCAUACGUUGGUGUCGCCGACGGUCGAGUAUUGAAAUGGCGCGGUAAAUCACUUGGAUGGACAGAUUUCGCUUACACAUCGGCUAAUAGGCAGAUCUGUGUUCGCCCUUUUGCACCAGAGUUGGAGCAUGUGUGUGGGAGGCCAUUAGGAUUGCGGUUCCAUAAGAAAACCGGAGAUCUCUAUAUAGCGGAUGCUUACUUUGGCCUUCUUAUCGUUGGUCCUGCUGGUGGUUUAGCCAAACCAUUGGUUACAGAAGCUGAGGGACAACCGUUUCUUUUCACUAAUGAUUUGGACAUUGAUGAGCAAAAUGAUGUGAUUUACUUCACAGAUGCUAGUUCCAAAUUCCAGAGAUGCGAAUACAUCGGUUCUUUUUUGAAUGUUGAUAAAACUGGACGGUUUAUCAAGUAUGAUAGAUCAAGCAAGAAAGCUACGGUCUUAUUACAUGGCAUAUCAUUUGCAAACGGCGUUGCACUAAGCAAAGACCGGUCUUUCGUAUUGGUAGCCGAAACAACAAAUUGCAAAAUCCUAAGGCUUUGGCUCUCCGGUCCAAAAGCAGGAACCCAAGAUGUGUUUGUUGUGCUUCCAGGUUACCCUGACAACAUCAGAAGAAACUCGAAAGGAGAAUUCUGGGUCACUUUAAACUCGUUGAUCAAUGAAGAAAUACGUUACACUAAAGCCGUGAAGUUGAGUGAAUCAGGAAAAGUUUUGGAGGUACUUGGGGAUAAGGCAAAGAGAUUACAGUUUAAAAGUGAUGUGGAAGAGAAAGAUGGCAAGCUUUGGAUUGGUUCUAGUGUCGCGCCAUUUGAAUACACAAGUAUCCUCAAUCUGAAUGUGGAGCGGGCACGGUUUGCUCGUAUAUGUGUGGAGGUUAAUUUGCGGAACCCGUUGAAAGGAUCGGUGGUUAUAAAUGGUGAACGCUACUUUGUAGCUUAUGAAGGUUUAACUAAUAUCUGUUCUGGCUGUGGGGUGUAUGGUCACUUAGUCCAUGGUUGUCCGCAGAGAGAGUCAGAGAAGGAGUUGGUUGUGACUUCUCAACCGGAGGUUAGAGGAUCCCGGGAGGAGAAUCAGGAUGUGGAUGGCUUCACGGUGGUCAGAAGGUCGGGGAAUCGAUCGGAAAAGCCUCCUCCGCGAGUUUCCUUUUCUGCUGGUGGAUCACACGUGAAUCAGGGACGUAACCUUCGGGAUAUUACGGGUAGGAAAGAUUCUGGGAAUAUUGCGAUUGGAAAUAGUUUUGGAAGGUUGAGUGUUGAACUGGAAUCUUCGGGGUCCGCAAAAGCUGCUGUGCGAUUGGGAGGGGAUACGCAAUUGGCUACGAAUAAGGAUAAUGUGCCCUCUACGAAUAUUCUUCCAGCGAUAAACCGUGGUGAACAAGGAAAGCGAGGGGCCCAUUGGAAGGUGGUUAGUAAGGGUAAAGAAGUUAAUGGGCCACGGGUUAAAUCUGUCGCAAAUAAGGUGGUUAAUGGAUCAAAUCCUAAGCCCCGACAGAAUAGGCCCAGUAGAGGUCUAAUUUUUGGCCCCGUUAAUGAAAAUCAAGAGUUUUCGGGUUCGGGAAAGAGACUGAGGUUGGAGAGCACGGAGCUGAGCCGUCAUGGCGGGUCGCUUCCGGCGAUCUCUGAUGAAGUGGGUAGUGACGGUUUGCCUCCGGGAAGCGACACAGGGGACAAACAAGUUGCAAUGGAAGUGGGAACAGCCCCGGAGCAGGGGGUCUUGGCUCUGGCUGCGCCAUCACCGGUGGCAGCUAAGACGAGUGAGAGAGCCUAA